CCCAGUCCCCUGGGCCCGCCCGCUCCCGACAUCCCUCCUCCCGCCUGCGCUCCCUCCCUACGGCUCCCGCUCCCCCGGGAGCGGCGGCGGCGGUGGCGGGAUGGCCCGGGCCCGUGGCCAGGCCCCGGGGAGCGGCGGGCGGCGGCGGCCGCGGCGGGGCAGCGCGGGAACCGGGCCCCGGGGGGAAUCGGCCGGGCUGCUGCUGCUGCUGCUCCAGGUGCUGCCGCCCGGGGCUGCGGCAGGGCCGGGACGCCGGGGCACGCGGGGCGCCGGCGGUGGCGGCGUCUGCUGGCCCUGCGCUGCCCCAGUCUUUCCCCGGGACGCGCGGCUGCUGCUGCUCCUGCCGCCGCUGCCGCCACUGUCGUCGUCGCCGCCGCCGCCGCCGCCAAGCUCCGCUCCCGCAGCCUCCGCCUCCCGGAUGGACGCUCUGCCCCGCGGCGGGCUGAACUUGAAGGAGGAGCCGCUGCUGCCCGCCGGCCUGGGCUCGGUGCGCUCCUGGAUGCAGGGCGCGGGCAUCCUGGACGCCAGCACCGCGGCGCAGAGUGGUGUGGGCCUGGCGCGAGCACAUUUUGAGAAGCAGCCCCCCUCCAACCUCAGGAAAUCCAACUUCUUCCACUUCGUGCUGGCCAUGUAUGACCGGCAGGGACAGCCCGUGGAGGUGGAACGCACAGCCUUCAUUGACUUCGUGGAGAAGGACCGAGAGCCCGGGGCUGAAAAGACCAACAAUGGAAUCCAUUACCGCCUCCGACUGGUGUACAACAAUGGACUUCGGACGGAGCAAGAUCUCUACGUUCGUCUCAUCGACUCCAUGUCCAAGCAGGCCAUCAUCUAUGAAGGGCAGGACAAGAACCCUGAAAUGUGCCGAGUGCUGCUCACCCAUGAGAUCAUGUGCAGCCGGUGCUGUGACCGGAAAAGCUGCGGCAACCGGAAUGAGACGCCCUCAGACCCCGUCAUUAUUGACAGAUUCUUCCUCAAGUUCUUCCUCAAAUGCAACCAGAACUGCCUGAAGAAUGCAGGGAAUCCCCGAGAUAUGCGGCGCUUCCAGGUGGUGGUGUCCACGACGGUGAGUGUGGAUGGACACGUGCUGGCCGUGUCUGACAACAUGUUCGUGCACAACAACUCCAAGCAUGGUCGCAGGGCGCGCCGUCUGGAUCCCUCUGAAGCUGCCACCCCCUGCAUCAAGGCCAUCAGCCCCGGGGAGGGCUGGACCACGGGCGGCGCCACCGUCAUUGUCAUCGGCGACAACUUCUUCGACGGGUUGCAGGUCGUGUUUGGAAACGUGCUUGUGUGGAGUGAGGUGGGCCAGCCCCCCGCCAGUCUCCCUCGGGUUCUCGGGGCCCUCUCCUCGCCCGGAUGGGACCUGCAGGCCUCCCCUCUCCCCUCGCAGUUAAUCACGCCCCACGCCAUCCGGGUGCAGACGCCCCCACGGCACAUCCCCGGGGUGGUGGAAGUGACCCUCUCCUACAAGUCCAAGCAAUUUUGCAAAGGAGCCCCCGGCCGCUUUGUCUACACAGCCCUGAACGAGCCCACCAUUGACUACGGGUUCCAGAGGCUACAGAAAGUCAUUCCCAGACACCCUGGAGAUCCCGAGAGGCUGCCCAAGGAAGUGCUGCUGAAGCGGGCGGCCGACUUGGCGGAGGCGCUGUACGGAGUGCCCAGCAGUAACCAGGAGCUCCUCCUGAAGCGCGCGGCGGAUGUGGCCGAGGCUCUGUACAGCGCCCCCCGCGCGCCGGCACCGCUCGGACCCCUGGCCCCGAGCCAUCCGCACCCGGCAGUCGUGGGCAUCAACGCCUUCAGCAGCCCGCUGGCCAUCGCCGUAGGGGACGCCACACCGGGACCCGAGCCAGGCUACGCGCGCAGCUGCAGCAGCGCGUCUCCCCGCGGGUUCGCGCCAAGCCCCGGCUCCCAGCAGAGCAGCUACGGCAGUGGCCUUGGAGCUGGCAUCGGCGGCUACGGCGCACCAGGCGUGGCCGGCCUUGGUGUACCUGGGUCCCCUAGCUUCCUCAAUGGCUCCACGGCCACCUCGCCUUUCGCUAUCAUGCCCUCUAGUCCCCCGCUGGCGGCUGCCUCCUCCAUGUCCCUUCCCGCUGCUGCCCCCACCACCAGCGUCUUCUCCUUCUCGCCUGUCAACAUGAUCUCUGCCGUCAAACAGAGGAGCGCCUUCGCCCCCGUGCUGCGCCCACCCAGCUCCCCGCCCCAAGCCUGCCCCAGAGCCCACACAGAGGGGCUUCCAGACCAGCCUUUUGAGGAUUCUGACAAGUUCCACUCUCCAGCCCGGGGGCUCCAGGGCCUGGCUUACUCCUAAUGAUGGUCUGCAGGUAUUGUCCCAAAAGAGCCUGGACUGGAGGUGCCUCUGGGAUUCACAACCAUGCCCUGGAUGGCGGCACAGACAGAUGCAGGGCCAGGGCUGCGGGCAGAUCUCAACCCCCAGGCUGCAUGGGGAGAGGCCUUUGUCCUCCUGCUCAAGCCUCCCCAACCAACUCCACAGGCUCCUCUUGUCUCCCUUCCUUUGGGCUGCUUGGAAGCCCCCGCACUGUGCAGAUGCUCUUGGUAGGGGGUGUCCCAGAGAGGUGCUGGGAUGCCAUGCCUCACUUGCUGGGUCUUGGUCCCUCUGAAAGAGAUGGAUCUUGUGCAGACCAGGGAUGUCCAGUGAGGGGAGCAUGGGAUUGGGACCAUGGGAAAGAAAACAGCUCAGGGAGAAGUGACCUGGAAAGGUCCUGUUUGCAUCUGACCCAUCUCAGCUGGCCCAGCAUCCCAUCUUCUCUCCAGCAGAAAGGGUGGUGCCGGAAGUCUCAGGAGACCUGCCUAGGCUCCCAUUGAGCUCCCAACAGCCACUGGACCCUGUGGCUGUCCCUGCUUCCUUUGAAAACUGCACAACUCAUGCUUGCAACAUCGUGCCUCCCUGUGGGGGCUGGGCAUGGGGGGCAGUACAGGGGAUGCCAGGUUUCCAGAAUUUGGGAUCUAUCCCCAACAGAUGUCUCAUGGACUCUGGCCCCAUACACAUACUAACUCUGGCUGGUCCCAUGGAAUGGCCCAAGUGCUCCCCAGGUGGCCUCACAUUCUGAUCUGCUAAGUUUGGAGAAAACAAUAAACCAGAUGCAGGUAGCUACCUGGCCUCUCUUGCCUCCUU